UUCUGCGUUUGUUCAAUCAGAUGAAAACAAGCGAUUGGGAUCUUGAAUUAACCUGCAAACAUUUGCUGGGACCUUUUUUUGUCCAGCUAUUAGCGCUGUGACAGGGAGGCAAGUUUUACUGGACAUGUCCGGGCAAGUGAUUUUAACGACAUUUUAUUUGUCCGCCAGUGUCGAAGGUGUAACGCGCAGGAGUUUAUCCACUGUAAGAUAUUUGACAACAAAAAUCACGUAUUUGCGAACCAUGGCAACCGAAUGCGAGGCAUGGCUCAACUCCAACCCAGUCGAGGCAGACGAUCUGAGCGACUCGUUUUUGUCUGGGGAAGAGGAGAAUGGGCUGAACAGCAGAAAGAUUGACAAUGAAAUCAAUGGGAACUGGAUAUCCGCUCCCACCUCCAGCAUCCACGAAGCUCGUCUCAAAGCCAAGGCAAAGAGACGUCUGAGGAAAAACUCCUCCCGGGACUCCGGGAGGGGGGAUUCUCUCAGUGACAAUGGAGACGUCGUCCGUGGCUUGAUCGUGUCCCCCACUAGUCCGAAGGGCAAGCUGCUGGACAGGAGGUCUCGCCUGGGGAAAGGAAGAGGCCAGCCAAAGAAAGGUGGUGCAGGAGGUAAAGGGGUUUGGGGGACUCCUGGAGAGGUGUAUGACCUGGAUGAAGUAGAUGUCAGGGACCCCAAUUAUGAUGAAGACCAGGAGAACUGUGUGUAUGAGACAGUGGUCCUCCCCUUGGACGAGGAGAGCUUUGAAAAGACAGUCACUCCCAUUGUUCAAGAGUACUUUGAGCAUGGGGACUCCAACGAAGUUGCGGAGCUGUUGGAGGGCCUUAAUCUGGGCUCCAUGAGGAGUGACGUUCCGAUGCUGGCUGUGUCUCUGGCCCUGGAGGCCAAAGCCAGUCACAGAGAGCUAACGUCUCGCCUGCUCUCUGACCUGUGCGGCCGGGUUCUGACCCGCACCGACGUGGAGAGCUCCUUCGAUAAGCUCCUGAGAGAGCUUCCCGACCUGGUGCUGGACACACCAGAUGCUCCUCAGCUUGUUGGGCAGUUCAUUGCCAGAGCUGUGGGAGAUAAUAUCCUGUCCAAAAGCUACAUUGAGGGAUACAAAGGAAGAGUGGACUGCGAGCAUGCCAGGGCGGCUCUGGACCGGGCGGCGGUGCUGCUGAAAAUGUGCAGGGGCGGACUCCGCAUCGACAACCUCUGGGGAUCAGGAGGAGGCCAAAGGCCAGUCACACAACUCAUCAAAGAAGUUAACCUGUUGCUGAAGGAGUACCUCCUGUCAGGAGACACCGUCGAGGCAGAACGAUGUUUGAGGGAAUUAGAGGUCCCUCAUUUUCAUCACGAGUUUGUCUACGAGGCAAUAAUUAUGGUGCUGGAGUCCAAAGGUGACAGAACACUGCAAAUGAUUCUGAAGCUGCUGAAAUCUCUCUGGGUUUCAUCUGUUUUAACUGUAGACCAAAUGAGAAGGGGUUAUGAACGAGUUUACAUGGAUAUCGCUGACAUAAACAUUGAUGUCCCGUGUGCAUACUCAUUACUGGAGCAGUUUGUGGAGAAGAGCUACAAUGCAGGAGUCAUAAACAAAAACCUGAGAGACCUUUGUCCCUGUAGAGGGCGAAAGAGGUUUGUGAGCGAAGGAGACGGCGGGCGCCUAAAACUCGAGAGCUACUGAGAUUCCCCUCUGGUCUCUCUCCUGGGCGCCGUUUUACGGAAGGCAUAUUUCAGAAACUGGAUUUUGGGGGGGUUUUUUUUCCAACCUGCAUACUUAUUUGUCACAAAGAUCUAGGUACAAAAAAAAAAAAUCUUCCCUCACGUCAAUGAAGAAUGUAUACGUAAAACUGAAUCAAGACGGCACUUUUUGAAUGGAGGGAGAGACGUGGAGACAUACCUUCUGAUGGUGUGUCUUGAGUUGUGUGAGGUAAGCUAAGAAAGUGCCACGCCUGCUCUUAAAAAGAGUCAUUCCAUGUUUUGUAUCGUUGAGUUCACUGCCACACCCUUUGCCCACACAGCAGUGUUUGUAUAAAUUUCACUUGUUUUGGUUUUUUUUUUUUUUUCCUGUAUAAAGCUUUAUGUAAGGAAACAUGUUGGUUCAAAAGAUGUUUCUUUUUCUCCCUGGUGGCUGCUGUUUCUAUACCAUGACAAGAGUUUGAUUUUUUGUUGUUGUUGUUGUUUGUUUAUUUAG